AUGGCCCUUCAGCCUUCUCAGAGCUCGUGGACAACGCCCCUCUACACUGCGGACGAGGACCAGCAACCGAACCAGGCUGGAGGCGGGGAGAGGGUGAAGAGUUGUGGUGGUGACACAUCUGACAGCGAGGAAGACCCGGUCCGCAGUCUUUUCUCUGAUGAUGAUGAUGACAAUGCCGCUGAUCUGGACUCCCCGGAUCCCGAAAUCGUUAUCGGCCUGGACGAGGCGCCCUCCUUCAAAAGACAAAAAGGUUACGGAGAAGAGCGUACUGCAUAA